AUGGCCUUGAGCAGUCUUUCAAUCGGGGUCGCCCUCACUCCGACGGUGGUUUCGACCCUCUUUUCCCACUACGUGAACCGAAAAACCCUACACAACAAGCCGCACGUUCACCUCUCCUAUGACGAAGGAAUCUCGGUUAUUCGCGAGUUCAUAAACUUCAGCUCCAAGCGUCCGAUUGAGUAUAUCCAGGAGUUUACCGGCCAGCGGGUUCCCGCGCCGCACUGGGUGAGGAUCGAACGGGUGACUGUCGCGGAAGAAUUCUUGUCGGAAUCGGCGGCAUUGCUAAUCAAGCAACUCGGUCCAGAUGGCGUCGCACAGGUUGGGGGUGAGAAGUGGUGGCAGUGGCGCGGUCCGUCGGGAGAUAAGAAUAAUGGAGAGCUGAGAGGCGAAUGGAUCGAGAUGCACAGUGACUACAAUGAGCGCAAACGCGCGGGGAAAAAGGAUUCGAACAACAGACGCAUCAUGCUGUAUAUCCAUGGUGGCGCGUACUAUUUUGGGAGCGUGCAGACGCAUCGGUACCAGCUGCAGCGGCAUGCGCGGAAGCUAAAGGGGAGGGUUUUUGCACGGAUGCUCGUCAUCUGCCGCGAUCAAGGGCUGCCAUUGCCGGCCGGCGCAAUCCUGAUCUCCCCUUGGGUCGACCUCACACAUUCGUUCCCUAGUAUCGUAACCGAAAAUCCCGGUGACUAUAUCCCUGGCCACGGCUUCUUGCACAAGCCAUCCAUAGCAUGGCCUCCACCAAAUGAAGACGAGAUCCGAGAGAUCCAUGAGGCACUCAAGCAGAACCCAGCGGCAACGGGCGAGAAGGAUGAACCCACCACGGGAGAAGAGAAUACAUUCGAUGUCGACUCGUCCAAACCGACAAUGGGCCAUGGUCGGCGGCCUCCGUCUUUUGUCAUGAACGGCAAGACCAUCGAGGUCAAGGACCAAAUCCACAUGUACACCACCAACGAGCUUCUCUUUCAUCCCCUCGUGUCACCCAUCUUCCAGCCUUCUCUCGGAGGACUGCCCCCUCUCCAAAUUAUCAGUGGCGGCGGUGAAAUGCUACGAGAUGAGCAGUUCUACGUCGCCCACAAAGCCGCCAAUCCUACAGCAUACCCACCAAACGAUGACUUUAUGGCCGACCUCGACCCGAAGCGCGAGAAAGUGGACAAGUACCCCGGAACAUACGUCCAGCUUCAGGUCUGGGAUGAUCUCUGCCACGUAGCUCCGAUUCUCAGCUUUACCCGUCCAGCAAAAUACAUGUUCCGCUCAAUUGCCCAAUUCGGAGCGUGGGCAUUAGCGCGCGCCCAAGACACAACAGUCGAAAUUAUCAACGACGACCAAGUCUCGCCCAUUUCCUCGAGCGAGUCCGAGAGCCCUGAAACAUCCGACAACGAGGGCCGGGACAAGGCACCGCGCGACCGACCAAGCGACGCCGUGGGAAAAGCCGGCGAUCCGCUGCCGCCAUUCAAAGACCGCAUGAUCCGCCAGCGAGUCAACAAGCGAGGGCACAUCUACCCCCUUCCCCCUCCACGCGACUGUGCGGUUUUAAACCUGCCUCCUUCAUCCGUAGGCACGAUCAAUCCAGGCCUCCUAAUGAAAUGGAUGCUAGUAAAGGAAGAAUGGGACACCAGGUUCGCAAAGGAGAAGGCUCACAUCCACCAGCUACGCCUCGCUGGUCUGGCGUCCGGAUUCCAGGACUUCGACGGCGACACCCCGCCGCCUAGCGCGCUGGCCGCGAGACGCUUCUCGCCUGGUGCGCUCCCGCCAAAGGGUCUGAGGACAUCAUAUCCUAUGACCAUGUGGGCUCGGUUCGCGACCAAGCAUGAUAAGCGCACGAUCAAGCGCGAGAAGGACAUGGAUAGCCGGUCUCAGCGGUCGAACCGGGCGAGCGUCGACGCCGGACGAGCAGGCGCGUCUAUCGAGAACGACAACGACAAAGUCACAUCGUUCCCAGUGGACUCUGCGGAGGCAGAGAAAAACGCAACAGUUCCUACCCUCAGGGCACCCGUUACUCCCAACGCCGAAGCCAACGCCGACGGCACCAAGAAACCCUCCGGGGCCGACAAUGACUCGAACUCGGCCCCUGAACUAGCCCCCAUCCCACAAGACAAACCAUUCGCCCCGCUCAUCGUCCUACCCAACUACGACGGCCCCGACAAGUCCGAGAACGCGAGUACACGAGCUCUCUUCCACGUCCCGGCCACCAUCCCAGCAACAAACUCCCCCCUAGCCGGGGAGCCUAAGACGCAGGAUCUCCACCACCGCGCCUCAUCACAGGGCGGAUCAGCGACCAUCCGCAGCGGCGUCACCGUCCAGUCUGACCCUGACCCGGUGACUGAUGAUACGGCGAGCACGGUUGGUGGCGACGAGCGGAGUCUUGCUGUCACGACGAACACGGGGCGUGUUGAUGCGGCGAGUACGCGUGCUGUGCUGAAUGCUGAUGGUGUGCUGAGGCCCCGGCCGUCGACGGAUGGGAACUCCGUUUAUGUCUCGGUGGAUAGUCUGCCGUUGACGAAUGGCGUUGAUGCUGAGAAGUAG